CAUCUUCCACCCCGCAACACCCAAACCAAUCAAAAUCGUCUCUCUUUUUCUUCUCCGACAUGCCUACCAGAAAUAGCACUGCCACCACCUUCGACCUAUACUACCACCACUGUUCCCGUCAACAUCUCUUACUACCAGUUCUGGCACCCUCUAUUGCCACCUUCUAGCCACUCCGCAUUUGCCAAUGUACAUUUGAAAAUAAACCAAGAAAACUCACAUAAUGCUUGAAAAUCAAACCGAGAAAACUCACCUACUAUCGUACGGCUGCCGUCGUUGCCAUCGACAUGGUGCCGCACCUAAAUCGAUACCACCACCACCAUCUCAAAUGCCAGUAGCAUCUACAACAAAAAUCCACAACCAAGAGUAAAAUAAUUGUUAAACCCUGUGCAAUUUCGAAACCUCUCCAAAUCCAACAAAACUACUAUCGUCUACUGUUGAUUUCAAAAUCGACACCAAAGAUCUAACAAUUGGAUGCCCAUCAAUCGUCACCAUCACUAGUAUUUGUCAAAUCCCUACACAAUUACCGCCCCUUCCAAUGAAAUGGGACCUCAAUACGCUGGUAAACCUCAAAAAUCAAAUUAUGUUCAUACUUCAGAUCUGGUAAAGGUCACAGGUGUUGUGAUUCAGAAAAAAGAAGUGCCAGAGACUACUAGCGCCCCUAUUGCUACAAGCUCUCACAUCACCAAAUCCUUAGUCUCAUCGUCUGGUGAUGCGUCACAAGAAAGAUGUCUAUCAGAUUUGGCAGAAUAUUCAGGCAGGAGAAAUUCUGUAGCAGACAACAUCCUGGCUGACACACAAAAGAGUCUCAUGGCUAAUGAUUUUGGGGAUUUCAAUGUCAACAAUAAGCAAAAUGACUGUUGUCCCGUGGAUGCCAACAGUAGUAGUUCAAAUCCAGAGUCUUUGCAGUUUGAUGGAGAACACAUUCUUCAGGAACAAACGUCUCUUAAAGAAGAGUUUCCUCCAUCUCCCUCUGACCAUCAAAGCAUUUUAGUUUCCUUAUCAUCGCGGUGUGUUUGGAAGGGAACUGUCUGUGAAAGGUCCCAUCUAUUUCGUAUUAAAUACUAUGGAAACUUUGACAAGCCACUGGGCCGAUUUCUGCGGGAUCAUUUAUUUGAUCAAAGUUAUAGAUGCCGCUCAUGUGAGAUGCCCUCGGAAGCUCAUGUUCAGUGUUAUACUCAUCGACAAGGUACCCUUACAAUUUCAGUUGAGAAACUGCCAGAAAUUUUAUUGCCGGGCGAAAGGGAAGGAAAGAUUUGGAUGUGGCACAGGUGCUUGAGGUGUCCACGUGCUAAUGGCUUCCCCUCAGCAACUCGAAGAGUUCUGAUGUCUGAUGCUGCUCGGGGGUUGUCCUUUGGGAAGUUUUUAGAGCUAAGCUUUUCAAAUCAUGCAGCUGCUAGCCGGGUGGCAAGUUGUGGCCAUUCUUUACAUAGAGACUGUCUUCGGUUUUAUGGAUUUGGUAAGAUGGUUGCUUGCUUUCGUUACGCAUCAAUUGAUGUUCACUCAGUCUACCUUCCUCCCGCCAAACUUAAUUUCAACCAUGAGAGUCAAGAGUGGAUACAGAAAGAACUGAAUGAGGUAGCUGGCCGGGCUAAGCUUUUGUUCUCUGAAGUGCAAAAUGCUCUUUGCCAUUUGGUAGAGAAGAAAUCUGGGUCAGAUUUACUUAAUAGUGGCAUGAAAGUACCUGAAUCAAGUUGUCAGCUAGCAGAUUUGGAAGGGGUGUUGCAGAAAGAGAAAGCUGAGUUUGAGGAGGCACUCCAGAGAAUUUUGAAUAAAGAGGCCAAAAAGGGCCAACCAGCCAUUGAUGUUCUUGAGCUCAAUCGACUGCGAAGACAGCUUGUCUUCCAAUCUUAUAUGUGGGACCACCACCUCAUAUAUGCAGCCAGUUCAGAUGACAAGAACCAACAGGAUGAUGCCUUCAAUACAGAACCCGUUGAGAAACGCCCUCCCCCUCGGGUUGAUGGGAAUCUUGUCGGUUCCAAUGUUUCAGUUAAGACGUGUGACUAUUCUGAUGUUGUUCUUUCAGAUGCGAAACAUGGAAAAAACCAAGAUCUAGGGUCAAGAGAUAGCUACAAGAAUUAUUAUAAAGUUUGUGGUCAAAGAACUGAUGUAGCUACUAACUUUAAUCAUGAAACUGAAAACCCAUUAACAUCCUUUGCCGGGACAAAGGCCUAUGAUGAAUCCAACCUUCUGGAAUCGGAUGCUACUGUUCGUAGAGCCGUCUCGGAUGAGCAAUUCCCUACCGUGGCAAGUUUAUCAGAUACCCUUGAUGCAGCUUGGACCGGUGAAAAUCACACAGGGAUUGGAUUCCCCAAGAAUAAUACUAUUUCUGAAUUAGUUGAUGCAGAUUCUUCAACCUCCAUUGGAGUGGGAGCAAAACUGGAUGUCGGAGACCAUGGAGAGGAUUUGAACUGGUCUAAGGUGUCUCCUUCACCUCCUGUGUUAUCUGCCAAGGGCUCUGAUACUAUGGAAGAUAGUAUGAGCUGGUUAUGUAUGCCGUUUAUAAGCUUCUAUCGGUCAUUAAAGAAAAACUUUUCAGGGGCUGCUCGGAAAAUUGACACACUUAGUGAUUACAAUCCAGUCAGAGAGUUGGAACUCCGAGGUGGGGCUAGCUUACUCUUGCCUGUAGGAGUUAAUGAUACAGUUAUUUCAGUGUAUGAUGAUGAGCCCACGAGUAUUAUAUCUUAUGCACUUGUUUCUCCUGAUUAUCUUUUCCAAGUGUCUGAUGAUCUUGAGAGACCAAAGGACACUACAAACUCAAUGAUUGGUAUGCAGUCCCUUGAUUCUGCUAAUUUCCAGUCCUUCUCUUCUAUUGAUGAUAUAACGCACGAGUCCUAUAGAAGUUUCGGUUCUGGAGAUGAAGGCAUCUUAUCUCUGUCUAGUUCUUGUAGUUCCUUGCCUUUGGAUCCCCUCUCAUAUACAAAAGCUUUGCAUGCCAAGGUAUCUUUUGAGGGUGAAGGACCCCUUGGGAAAGUGAAAUAUACAGUUACUUGUUACUAUGCAAAGAGUUUCGAAGCCUUGAGGAGGAUUUGCUGUCCAUCUGAGGUGGAUUUCAUUAGGUCUCUUAGCCGGUGUAAGAAGUGGGGAGCACAAGGAGGCAAGAGCAAUGUCUUUUUCGCAAAAACCAUGGAUGAACGAUUUAUUAUUAAGCAAGUGACAAAGACUGAGCUGGAAUCAUUCAUCAAGUUUGCCCCUGGGUAUUUUAAAUAUCUUUCUGAGUCAAUCAACUUUCGGAGUCCAACAUGCCUGGCCAAGAUCCUAGGAAUGUAUCAGGUAAUGACCAAACAUCUUAAAGGAGGGAAGGAAUCAAAAAUGGAUGUACUCGUUAUGGAGAAUCUUCUGUUUGGAAGAAAUCUGACUCGGCUUUAUGAUCUCAAAGGAUCCUUGAGAUCUCGGUAUAAUCCUAAUUCUAGUGGAAGUAAUAAGGUUUUGCUGGAUCAGAACUUGAUCGAAGCAAUGCCUACGUCACCCAUUUUUGUUGGAAAUAAAGCGAAGAAAUUUUUGGAAAGAGCAGUCUGGAAUGAUACUACUUUUCUUGCUUCAAUAGAUGUAAUGGAUUAUUCGCUACUGGUUGGGGUCGAUGAAGAGAAGAAUGAACUUGUUCUUGGGAUUAUUGACUUCAUGAGACAGUAUACAUGGGACAAGCACCUCGAGACAUGGGUGAAGGCAUUGGGCAUCCUUGGUGGACCCAGAGAUGCUUCACCGACAGUAAUUUCCUCAAAGAAGUACAAAAAGAGGUUCAGGAAAGCGAUGACUGCCUAUUUUCUGAUGGUUCCAGAUCAAUGGUCACCUCCCACAGUAGCUCCUAGCAAGCCUCAAACGGAUCUAUGUGAAGAGAAUGCAUACUCUGCUGAGUAAUCCCCUCCUAGGUUAUCAAUGUUUUUGCAAUUCUUUUUAAUUUUUCACUCAAAUUCUAUUGGAAGAAGCCUUAUCCUUUUGGAUUCUCUUUUCAAUGAGUAUUCAUAUAGUCAGAAGAUAGAAAACAAUGCUGUUAUUGCCAUAGAAAUUAAAAUUAUACCUACCCAGAAA